UCUUCAAUGUGCAGUGUGUGUUUGAUAUGAGGAGGUUGCAUCAACAAUUUGAAAGCUAUAAAGAGCAAGUAAGAAAGAUAGGGGAAGAAGCCCGCCGUUACCAGGGAGAGCACAAGGAUGAUGCUCCAACAUGUGGAAUCUGUCAUAAAACAAAGUUUGCAGAUGGUUGUGGCCAUUUAUGCUCUUAUUGCCGGACCAAGUUUUGUGCUCGAUGUGGAGGUCGUGUCUCUCUGCGAUCAAACAAUGAGGACAAAGUGGUUAUGUGGGUAUGCAAUUUAUGUCGAAAGCAACAAGAGAUCCUAACGAAAUCCGGAGCAUGGUUUUUUGGAAGUGGACCGCAGCCCUCACCCAGCCAGGACGGAGCACUGAGUGAUACGGCGACCGGUGGAAGCUCGGAUGCCCCGAGAGAAAAGAAAGCAAGGCUUCAAGAGCGAUCGAGAUCACAGACACCCUUAAGCACAGCAACUGCCUCAUCACAGGAAAUCUCCUCUUCCAUUGUGCAGUCUGACCGGAGGAAAGGAGCAGAAGUAUCGCAGCCGGCUAUGGGCCUGGACCAAAAGCAAGUUUCAUCAAGGUCUAGAAGUGAACCUCCCAGAGAGAGGAAGAAGACAAUAUCCGUUUCAGACCAGAAUGGCAAAGGUUUAAAGAGUGAGCGUAAGCGUGUGCCAAAAUCCUCACUUCAAAAAGAAGGACCAGCAGAUGACAGGGAGCGUAAGGAACGGCAUGAAGGUAGAAGACUGGAGAAAGGCAAGUCACAGGACUACCCAGACUUGCCAGAGAAACUUGAGGAAGGCAAAGUGCCUGAUGAUGAAAAACAAAGGAAGGAAGAUGAGUAUCAUACCCGUUACAGGAGUGACCCCAAUCUGGCAAGAUAUCCUGUAAAACCGCAUCCUGAGGAACAGCAGAUGCGCAUGCAUGCGAAAGUUUCUAAAGCGCGGCACGAGAGAAGACACAGUGAUGUAGCUUUGCCACAUACAGAAAUGGAGGAAGCGGAGGUACCUGAGAAUAAAUUAGGAAAACGCUCACAAUUACAGGGAACUCAGGACAGAAAAUCUCUUGUGGAAACUCAGAGGUCGUACUCUAUAGACAGAACAGGUGAUGUAAGAAUUUCUGUUUCUAAACAAUUAACUAAUCAUAGCCCACCAACUCCCAGGCAUAGUCCAGUUCCUAUAGAACACGUAGAAUACAAGAACCACGAUUCCUUUAAAAAACAGAGCCGCCUUGAUCCUAGCUCUGCUAUUCUCAUGCGAAAAGCAAAGCGGGAGAAAAUGGAGACCAUGCUAAGGAAUGAUUCCCUUAGCUCUGACCAGUCGGAAUCAGUGCGGCCAUCCCCUCCAAAGCCUCAUAGAGCAAAGAGAGGCGGAAAGAAAAGGCAGAUGUCAGUUAGUAGCUCAGAGGAAGAAGGGGCAUCAACACCAGAAUAUACUAGCUGUGAAGAUGUGGAGAUAGAAAGUGAAAGUGUCAGUGAAAAAGGUAAGGACCUUUAUGUAUAUUAUGCACAUGGCCAUG